UGAUAACCAGAGUGUAAAGUUUGCGUUUGACUACAAAGGAGUGAUCCAAGUUCGAGUCAAUGAUGUAAAUAAACUUGAUGCUGAUUCAGCGAUGGAUGUUGCCAUAGAAACAGGAGCUGAAGAUGUAGAGGAAGUUACAGAAGAUAGCGAGCAGUUUAUAAAGGUUAGUAAUCUUGUGCUUUGUUGUCCUCAUCAAAAAGUAUUGACUGUUGUAUAUCCUCCAUUUCCGUUAUCCUCCAGAGCACAUCCAGGCCUCCUAGACUUGACUCCAUCAACGGGAACAUCAGUUCUGACCUCUCAUGUCGUGAAUGUGAAAUCUCAUGUCGCGCACCACCAUUUCCUCUUUCC